AUGUUGUAUGUUAUUGGUGAUUAUGUUAAACAAGCUGUGUUUUUGUUGGGUUUAAUGAGUAGUUUGGAGGGGAAAGAUGAGAAAGAAGAAACUAAUAAGGAACAAAAAGAGGGAGAUCUAGUGGGAAAACUACCUGACAAGAUUAAAAUUAACACAAAAUAUUACUCUGCAGAGGUUGGAGUUAAAUUCUGGACGGUAGAUGAGUAUUUGGCUUUAAAAUGCAUGGACAAUGACUUAAAUACUAAUACUGAAGCUGUUACUACUCCUACUUCCACUACUACUACUAUUCCUGCUAUUACUAAUACCACUGCUACUGCUCCUACUACUACUACUACUAAUACUACUGCCGCCACUCCCACCACUACUGCCACCACUCCCACCACUACUGCCACCACUACUGCCACCACUGCCACCACCACUGCCACCACUACUGCCACCACUACUAUUCCUGCUCCAGAAGCUAUACUAUUAAUUAUAUCUAAAAAAGAUCUCUACCAAAGCAAGAUACGAUCUGACAGUCAUCUAUUAUCAAUUCUGGAUAAAAUUUACCCAUCAGAUCUUGAAAUUACUAGAUUAUGUUGUAUAUUCGAAAACAAUGAAGGUAUGAAAAAUGACUUAAAAGAUAAAAUAACUAAUCAAUGUAAUCAGUUUAAUUAUGAAUUGAUCAUUCUAGUAUCGAAUGCUUUUCAGAUAUCAAAACAAGAUGACAUAUUCUCCUUAAAUGAAGGUAUGAAAAGAGUCACCCAAGCAUUAUAUUGUACAAACUGGAAAACCAUGUAUAGACGGAAAAUGGAUGUUCCAAAUCUUGAAAACAACAAACAUGAAAGCUUUCAAUAUCAAGAAGAACAUCUCGAAAGUUUUCUGGAUAACUUUGAGUUCUUAUCAUCUAUAAUGAGAAAAAUGACAUGCGAUAUUAAACAUUUGACUGAUCAAGAAAGAAGGGAUAGAGCUUCAAAUCUUAUUUGCGAUAUAGCCAAAUAUCUAAACCUAGAUUCUGAUUUAGAUUCUGAAGUUGAUCCUAAUAUGGAUCAUGGAAUAGAUCUUGAAAAAGAUGAAAUUGGUAUUCAUUCUGAUAAUUAA